AUGGAUCUACCGGCACAAUUCAUGAUCGAGGAUGAGCUCAGAUCCAUGGGAUCAGAACAGCUAAGGCGUGAGAGGAGUCUGAUAUCAAACGAUCUGAAGUCUCUGCAAGAUCAAAUAGGUGAUUUGGCAUUUAACAACUAUCGGACGUACGCAGAUGCUGGUAGGACCACUCAGCACUGUACAGAGAUUGGCAUCGCUGACAAACUGGUGGAAGCGAGAGCAUUUCUCCUCGAGGAGCUGUUUAACAAAUUUUCUGGCCCUCUUGACCUCGCAUCUUCCAUACAGGUUGUCAAUAAUGUGCGAAAAAUGCCAUACCUUACUCCCACGCAACUGCGAGUUUGCAUUUUGCAACAUAGAGAUAUGUAUUUAGAUCGUCAGAUACUCGAUAUCACGAACCAUCCAGAAUUUGCAAUUCGUGCUAUUGAAAUCUACAGGGAUUGCAUGUAUGAUACGCUUGUGCUAUAUCUUGCUGUAUUCCCAGAAAAUGAGACGAUGCGCAAAGAUGUGUGUUUUCUAAAAGCUUAA